AUGCCUCGACGCACACAAAAUAAGACCGCUGUGCAACUGUUCUGCAAUUUCUGUAACCGCACCUUCACUAGCAAAAUUGGACUCAAGUCCCACGUCCGUCAAUCACCACGAUGCCACGAGGAUCUGGACAGACGCACGAGGGAGGUAUGCGAGAACAGCUUUGCACCUGAUUUACUCUCAAGUACCCCAAAUGAUCUCAGCACAACCUUGAAUGGUGAUGGUGAGGCCACUGGUACCCUGCCAGAAUCUCUGCCGGAGCAAGAGCCAUCUGCAAAGCACGCCAGAGUGGAAGAAAUCAAUGACGACGAUGAUCUUGAGGCUGGAGGACAUCCAAAACGACCCUUUAUUGACUAUUCCGCACGCUUCAAGGUCAAAAUCAAGAAGAAGGGGCUUACACUUUUUGAGUCAAUGCAUGCUGACCAGAUGCGGAAGGAUAACCCAUGGGCACCAUUUGAGGACGAAGAGGAGUGGGAGUUGGCUCACUGGCUUACAACCCAUGGGCUGUCGCAAGGUGCAAUUGAUGAAUAUCUGAAGCUUCCUAUUACGAGGGAGCGCACGAAGGUCUCGUAUAAGAACAAACAGUCACUUAGAAAAAAGAUCGAGCAGCUACCGAAAGGGCCGGGGGGGACGUGCGAGAUGUUUACUACAAAGGGCGAUGUCGUAGAUCCAAAGAAUGGACAGAGGAAAGUUCAGACCUUUGAACUUUGGAAGCGCGACCCUGUUGAGUGUAUCAAGGAGCUUCUGAGCAACCCUUUGUUCCAUGAACACCUUCGAUACGCACCGGAGCCGCAAUACGAAGACGCCGAAGGUGCAAAGCCUGUUAUCAAUGAGAUGUGGACUGCUGAAUGGUGGCCGCAGAUUCAGGAACGCCUGCCUCCCGGGGCGGUUGUCGCACCGGUCAUUCUGUCAUCAGACAAGACGCAGCUAUCAGCCUUCAGCGGUGAUAAGACUGCCUGGCCUGUGUAUCUCAGUCUUGGAAACAUCUCAAAGGAUCUACGCCGCUCACCAUCCUCUCAUGCGAUGAUCCUCAUCGGAUAUCUUCCCGUGGCAAAGCUUGCAUGUUUCUCGAAGGAAAAGCGACCGCGCGCCAGCUAUCAGCUCUUCCACGACUGUAUGCGCUCGCUGUUGCGUCCAUGGGUUGUACGCACGGUGCAUCCUAUUCUUGCAGCCUACAUCACAGAUCACCCGGAGCAGUGCUUGCUGACCUGCGUCAAGGAGAACCGUUGCCCAAAAUGUCUUGUACGCUCUGAGGAUUGUGGUACAGGAUUGGGGAAGCACGUGCGCUGGCGAGACCACAAGCAGACAGCGAAGAAGCUGAAACGCGCGGCAGCUGGUGAGAAGACAGCUGACUUCCGCGAAGAUGGUCUACGACCUGUUAAUCCACUCUGGGCCAACCUUCCUCACGCUGACAUCUUUGUCUGCAUUACUCCUGAUAUCCUGCAUCAGCUUCACAAGGGGAUGUUCAAGGAGCAUGUCGUGAAGUGGGCAUCCGCAUGCAUCCCCGACUCGGGUGAUGACGAGGUCGAUGCCAGAUUCAAGUGCAUGCCAGCGCAUCCUGAGCUGCGUCACUUCCGAGAGGAAAUAUCACUCGUUUCGCAGUGGACAGGAACAGAGUACAAGAACAUGGAGAAGGUCUUUCUAGGUGUCAUCGCCGGCGCAGUGCCAAAGGAAGUCAUACUUGCCAUUCGCGGACUUCUUGAUUUCAUCUACUACGCUCACUUUGAGUCGCACACCAGCACCUCACUCACAUGCCUUGAUGCCGCCUGGUGCCAGUUCCACAAGUACAAGUCAGCCUUUCGCACACACUACGCACUUGCUAAGGAGAUGCUGAAGAACUGGGCAAACUUCAACGGCAUUCCGAAGCUUCACGCCAUGGAUCACUACUUGCGAUCUAUCCAGCUUCUCGGCGCUGCGGAUGGUUACAAUACAGAGGGAACCGAACGCUUGCAUAUCAACUUUUCGAAGCAUGGCUAUCGUGCGGGGAACAACAAGAAGUACAUCCGCCAGAUGACCGAAUGGCUGGACCGGCAGGAGGCAGUGCACCGCUUCCAUGCGUACCUCCAAUGGCGUCGACCAGCUCCCAAAAAGGGCCCGCAGCUUGAGCGCGUUCUGCACGAGAGAGAAAAGUUGCAGAAGAAGCUUGAUGAGCCUGGUGCAGAGGAGCCGACGUUGCCAGCUGGGGAGAAACAGGAGGAACAGGAGUCCCGUGGCCUCCGCUCGCGCGACGGCACUCAGAUCAGCUACAGGAUCGCGAAGAAGCCGGCUCAUCCUCACGUAAAGGCUGUAGAGGCUGCAGAACGCUUUGGUGCGACAGAUCUCUCAUGGUACCUGGAAGACUUCCUGCGAGACGCAGCUACAUUCGCCCCCACGGCCGUUGCACAAUCUGUACCCAAGCUUUCAGAGCUAUCGCGCAACACGUGCAUCGACGUCUACAAGCAAGUUCGUUUUGACUUGCCGGUCAUGACGCAAGUGUCAAGGCAUGCAGUCUCAGACGUCGUCCAAGCCGUUCCGGCGCAGAAGACUUUGAUGAGCGGCGUUGAGAUUGAGUCAACAUUGGCCCAUUUCUCAACAGUUCUUGCCUACAGGAAUGCCCAUCGCCUUGAAGGUAGCCGUGUCAACGGCUCUGAGCGGGCGGCAGAUGUUCAAGAUCAUCUUGCUGUUGGGCGUGUCCGAGUGAUUUUUCGUGCGCCAGAUGCAUGGUCGAAACUGGCACCGCAUCCUCUAGUAUACGUCGAAUGGUUCACGUCACUGAACGCGUUUGAUGAGGACCUGGAUACCGGGGCUUUUGUAGCAUCUCUGUGA